AUGUCUCAACCGCAACCUUGCCGUGUAGAUCCAAAACUCUGGCAGAGUUGCGCCGGCGACUCCAUCAAAAUACCAAAAUUACAUUCAAAAGUUUACUACUUCCCACAAGGUCACUUAGAACAUUCCAAUCCUUCUCCAAGCACUCAGUCACUUUCCCUUAUCAAUGGUUAUCGUCCAUUCAUUCCUUGUAUCAUCUCCGCCAUUGAUCUCCUCGCUGAUCCACACACCGAUGAGGUCUUCGCCAAAUUACUCCUUACUCCCGUAGCUGACGGCACCAUUGAACCUCCUGACGUUCCCUAUGAAGAUCAAGAAAACAACGUUCAGGUUGUUUCGUCUUUCAAGACUCUCACCCGAUCUGAUGCUAAUAACGGCGGUGCAUUCUCAGUACCAUGUGGCUGCGCUAUCAAGAUAUUCCCUCCCCUUGAUUUAAAAGCCAAACCAGCACCGUUUCAAGAGCUUUCCUUUACCGAUGUUCACGGUGAAGUGUGGAAGUUUCGUCAUAUAUACACCGGGACUCCCCAGCGACACCUGAUCACCUCCGGCUGGAGUAAGUUUGUGGACAAAAAGAAACUCGUCGUUGGUGACUCUUUAAUUUUCUUGAAAAAUUCAGCCGGAAGGAUCUUUAUCGGAAUUCGUAGGAAGUUUGAUAUCUCAAGAAGUCGGAGAAUUACAGAGAAAGCGGUUACAGAGGCAGCAGAAUUGGCGGAUAAGAACAAGGCGUUUGAAGUUGUUUACUAUCCGACGGCCCGUGGUGAUAAUUUUGUAGUGGAUGCUAAUGUUGUGGAGGAUGCAAUGAAGAUUAAUUGGAACUGUGGAAUGAGAGUUAAGUUUCCUUUGAAUAAUGAUUCUUCAAAGGGAACAAUAUCUAAUCUACCUGCUCCUUCUAAUCGUCCAUGGCGAAUGCUUCAGGUUAAUUGGGAUGAACCUAAAGUCUCAGGAAAUACAAAGCGAAUCAAUCCUUGGAUGGUUGAACCUAUUUUCGACAUAGCUGAAUUGAAUCUACAUUUUCCCCAAAUAAAAAGGCUUAGAGUUGAUCCGGGCUUUGCCUUAUCAAGGAGCACAGAGCGCGAGUCCGCCAGUACACACAACUGCAAGGCCAGUAAAGUUAGUCCCAGUUCGAUUAAGCUAUUUGGUAGGAUCAUAAAAUUAUCCGCCGGUGGCAAUUUACCUGAUUCUGGUAUCAACGAAGAUGGUUGUAAGGGCUGCAAUGAAGUUGAAGCCAUUAACAAAACUAUGAAGAUAACUAGCUAG